AGUGUCAUUAUGGGUUUGCUGGACAAGCUCUCGGUGUGGCUGGGACGUGGAAGAACCGAGGUGACUGUGUUGGUGCUAGGGCUGGAUAACAGUGGCAAGUCUACACUACUGGACGCACUGCGGCCGCCCGAACAACGCGUACACCACAGCCAGCCAACCGUCGGGCAACAGCAGGACCACUUCCAGAGCAGUGGUGUGUCCUUCAGUGCGUGGGAUGUGUCGGGCGCGCCGCGACACCGCGCGCUGUGGGAGCGGCAUUACCGGCGCGCGCACGCCGUCAUCUUCGUCGUCGAUUCGGCCGACCAUCUGCGACUCGUGGUGGCGCGCGAGGAGUUGGAGCUGAUGCUGGCUCACCCGGACAUGUUCGGGCGCCGGCUGCCGUUGCUCGUGUUCGCCAACAAGUGCGACGCGAACCACGCGCUCGCGCCCAUGCAGGUCGCUGCUGCGUUAGGGCUAGAGCGCAUCACGGACAAGCCGUGGCACAUCUGCGCGUCAAACGCGCUGUCUGGCGCGGGCCUAACCGACGGCAUCGCCUGGCUGGCGAGACAGAUCAGGGACUUGCAUAUACAACACCACUAGCGGUUGUAAUGAGCUCUUCAGAAGAGGAGAGGAUGUCAAUUAAAGUAAAUAAGUAGUUUGUAGUUGGGGAAAGUGUAAUAUAAGUUUAUUUUUUGUCUAUGUUCUGUCUGUC